AGGGUAUAAAAUCAGCGAGUAUUGCAAAGUCCAAAUCCUCUCUCUUCUCUUUCAAAACCUUCUUCGCUGUAUUACCUCCCAAAAUAUUUACUCUUUUUUUGUCAUUUGAACCCAAAAAUGGCGAAGAAACCCAAAGAACCAUGCAACAAAGCGAACGGCAAUAAUGUUUCCAGUUCAGGUUCAUCCGAUGUUUUCAAGACCCUCUUUGGAGAUAUCCCAGAACAAAGCACCACCUCUUCAAUCUUCUCUACCGAUAACCCGUUCCGAAGAAAACCUUUUGACCGUUCUGAGACACCCACUCAACAAAAAUUAGGGUCACGGCUUGAUUCAGCUGAAGUUGUUGAAAACCCUAAGAGUGGCGAUUCUGACAAACCUAAUUCAGUUGAGCUGAAGAAGAGAAAAAAGGAUGCAGAGCAAAGGCCUUAUCUUAACUCGGAUUCUGUUGGUGAAGCUUCGGAAAUUCAUUUGGAGAGUAAGAAAUCGAAGAAAGCCAAGCCCGAAUACCCUGGUUUCGAUUCCAAAUUGAGGGCAGGGAAAAAGGGGCGAAAUGCUGUUUUGGGUUCUGACUCAAAGGAAUUUUCGGUGAAAGGGAAAGGAAAGAAGGGAGAUUUUGGUAUGAAGUCGAAGGGAAUGUCCUAUAAAGAGGAAAAGGCAAGCCUCGAUGUGGUUAUUGAAUCGGAGGAUUAUUCGGGAAAAGGCGAAGGAGAAAACCCGAAUGUGGCUAUGGAAUUGAAUGGGACGGUGAAUUUGGAUAGCGAGAGAAAAGGUAAGAAGAAAAAGAAGAGGAAGCGGGAUGAGGUAGAGGCGGAGUAUGAGUCGAAGCGGUAUGGGGUGGUGGCAGUGCAAGACGGAGGCGAAGAGGGGAAUUUGGGAGGGGUAGGUGUUGGGAAGAAGAGGAAAAAGUUGGAUAAUCCAGAGGAUAUGAUGGUUUCAAAGGAAGGAUUUGAUGAUGAGGGAAAGCUUUUGAGGACUGUGUUUGUUGGGAAUUUGCCAUUGAAGGUGAAGAAGAAGGCACUCUUGAAGGAAUUUAGCAAGUUUGGAGAGGUCGAAUCUGUGAGAAUUCGGUCCAUUCCAUUAAUAGAUACCAAAGUUCCAAGGAAGGGUGCUAUAAUCAACAAGAAAAUCAAUGAUGCUGCUGACAGUGUUCAUGCUUACAUUGUUUUCAAAACAGAGGAACAUGCUCAUGCUUCUUUGGCCCAUAAUAUGGCAGUGGUUGGAGGAAAUCACAUGCGUGUGGACAGGGCGUGCCCACCACGUAAGAAGCUGAAGGGAGAUGAUACUCCACUGUAUGAUAACAAAAAGACUGUUUUUGUUGGCAACCUCCCAUUUGAUGUGAAGACAGAAGAGAUAUAUGAGUUGUUUUCUGGUAUCAAUGGUCUGGAAUCCAACAUUGAGGCCAUUCGGGUUAUCAGAGAUCCUAAUACGAAUGUUGGAAAGGGCAUUGCUUAUGUCUUGUUCAAGACAAGGGAUGCUGCAAACUUGGUCAUCAGAAAACGGAACUUGAAGCUCCGGGAUCGUGAGUUGAGGCUCUAUCAUGCCAAAUCAAACUCCACACCAUCUAAGAGGAAAAACUCAUCACUGGAGGAGGCAAAUAAUACUCCAACGAAGAAGUUUGCACCGAAUUCUAGUACUCCAGACGGUAGCAAUAAGGUGAAAUCUAGGGCUGACAUCUCUUACCAGGGUCUGCGCGCAACCAAAUCUGGUGUGCAGAAGAAAUUCCAUCCAAAGAUCAUUGAGCCAGUGAACUUAAAAACCAAGGCUCAGCAAGUGCAGAAGCCCAAAGAACGCAAGCAAAAAAGACCAGCAGUUGCUGCCAGAAAGGUAAAUGUGCUGAAGGGUAGUGGAGCAUUGAAACAAGCCGGGACAAAACGCAAGCUGGAUAACCGAACUCCUGAUAGUGCCCGUCGAAACAAAAAAACCAGGAAAUUCAGGUAGGAUUUACACUGUAAAAUUCAAUGAGCUAAACAUAGCUCAUUUAAGUGUUUUCAUUUGUAUACUAUAUACUUGGACUAUGCAAAGUUGUUUAUUCAUUGGACCCAUGUGAAAAUUCAUGCUUUAUGCCAUGUUAUUAUCUUCUUUUGCCUGGAUAUUUUCUUCUUGUUUUUGUACUUUCUAUGACUUGA